AUGGCACGGGGUACAGGGCUGAAACGGCGUUCACUUUUUGCCGAGGAGGAAGAAGAAAGUCUUCGACAACAACGAAGGAAGUUUGUGGCCGAUGCCACGCUCACAAAAUCAAAUGUUCUGGCGAUCAACCCUGUAGCAAAUGUCGUGCGCUACCUCGAUCAACUCCUGGCGGAGAAUCGGCGCUUAAAGGAGCAGUCGGUAUCCUCGGCCGAUGCCACCGAAGCGAGUGCCUUGCCACAUACAGAACGGGCUCCAUCUCGGCCUACGGAUGCGACUGAUGCCCCUGAUGCUACUAGCAUCCAGAAUCCUAUCAUUGGUGACCGGGCAUGGUUCCAUCGCUAUGACCCAUCAUCGCCCCCCAUCUAUAUCGGCGAAGCGGCAUGUUCUGCAUUUGCGACUCGCUUUCGCCGUUUCCUGACCGGAAACAAUGCGACUGCGCAUAUUACACGCACACAGUGGGAGCGAGAAGAAGUCAUCGCUGCAGCAGCUAACGAAUCCAAUGUCCAGUGGCCAAGUCUGCAUCACGCUCGGCUGCUCGUCCGAAUCGCAAUUAACCAGAUCGGACACUUGUAUCACCUGAUGAUGCGCAAGACCACCGUGGAUAAACUGGAAGAAAUUUAUCAAACAGGAAGUUUUGAUUGUGCAUCAAACAAGUGCAAAUUCUUCGCGUUGUUUGCCUUUGGCCAGGCCUACUCCGUUCGAUCCGAUCCUACCACAGGAUCGCGAGUUCCAGGCACAGCAUAUUUCGCACGAGCUAUGAGCUUAGUUCAAGUUCUACCGGAGCGGACGAGUAUCACUCAUCUUGAAACCUUGCUGCUGCUCUCCCUAUUCUCAUACUACCUCAAUCGACGGCACUCAGCAUACGUGCUAAUUGGAAACGCCAUGCGCAUGGGCCUAACAAUAGGUCUGAAUCACAACAUCCCCGAGUCUCAACUCAUCGACCCCGUGGAACGUCAACAUCGUAUCGAGAUCUGGUGGACAAUCUACAUCUUCGACCGCAUGUGGGGAUCCAAAAUGGGUCUUCCAAUGCAAAUCCUCGACGAAGAUAUCCACGUCGACAUGCCUACAACCAUCUCUCCUAGCUGGCGACAUGAAGAGGAACUCUCCGACACAGACUAUAUGACCGCGAACAUCAAGCUCGCCAGAAUUGCGGGCGAGACAAUAGCCCGGUUAUAUAGCAGACGAAAGUACAAAGAGACCUUCCUCCAGCGCGUGCAAAAACUCCUAAAGGCACUGAAAAAUUGGGUGGACACUCUACCGGAAGGCCUGCGACUGAACAUGGAGGACCUUGAAUCCAGCAAGAAACCCGUUGUCUCCUUACACAUGGCAUUCAAUCAGUGUGUCAUCCUCACAACGAGGCCUACACUGCUCCAUCUCCUCAUCACCCUCCGCCAAAACAACGGUUCAAGGCCCCUUGGAGAAAACAUCCGCGACUCAGUCUCUCAACCCGUCCUCACCCUCAGCGAGGCUUGUAUCCACGCCGCGCGCCACUCGCACUCCAUGAUCCUCACUCGCUGGAUAAACGGAACAUGUCCAUCGUUCGGCUACUUCCACGCACACUACCUCUUCUCCUCCGCACUGAUCCUAGCCAUGUCCAGCUUCGUACCAAUUGGCAAUCCCAAUGACAUGAGCGGCUUCGACUCCGCACUAGACGUGCUCCGUUCAAUGUCCGAGAACGGGAACCUCGCUGCUGCAGAGUUCUUCCAUAAUCUGGAGCAAGUGAAAGUAUGUUUAGACGCGUAUCGGGGCGCAAGUAAGCCUCAGAAAAGCGAUUCAGGGCCUGAGCUCAGUGUAGACAUGACCACCAAUCCGCCUGCUGUGGCCGCACUGAGGUCAAUAUCUGGUCUGGCAUCGACACUGGCGCCGUCUUCGGCGCAUCUGCCAGGGGUCUUGGCUGGUGCGUCCACCGCGCCAGUGCUACCUCCUGACGGAGAUUUAUUGGCUGGCCAGCCGUCAUCCCACGGGCCUGAUGCGUAUAUUUUGCCGGCGCGGGACGCUGUCAAUGGGUACACGACUGAGAUGGCGUUUUUGGAGCCGACGAUGCAGGAUUUCCUGGCUCAGUCGGAUAUUGAUCUGGGGCUGUUACAUCCGGUUGAUACAUUCCUCAGCGAGGCGGAGAAUCUCUAUACUUGUCAUGAGCUAUAG